AAAAAAAACGACGUGCUACGAGAAUAAAUCCUUAGAAGUCGUGGAAAAAACGUCUGCAUUUCGUGGUUUCGGUAGAUUUCUGCAAAAUCUGUUGACCGGCUGCAAUAAGGCGAAAAAGGUGUGCUUGCGACGAUGCUGAAGAACGCAGUGACUCUGGUGACUGGUGGCGCAUCCGGCCUGGGUCGUGCAACGGUGGAACGCUUCGCCCGGACUGGAAGUAAAGUGUUGCUGUGUGAUUUACCUACCUCUAAAGGAAGCGAAGUCGCCAAAGAACUGGGGGACAAUGUCGUCUACGUGCCGGUUGAUGUCCUCUCCGAGCAGGAUGUCACCAGUGCAGUGGAACUGGCCAAGAGUAAAUUCGGCCGGCUGGAUGUCACCGUGAACUGUGCCGGCAUAGCAGUCGCAAUCAAGACGUACAACUUCAAUAAAAAGGUCCCGCACAAGCUGGAAGACUUUCAGCGGGUUCUGCUGGUCAAUACGGCCGGAUCGUUCAACGUGAUUCGACUGACGGCUGGUCUGAUGGGUGAAAACGAACCGAACAAGGAUGGUCAACGGGGGGUGAUUGUGAAUACCGCUUCGGUAGCCGCAUUCGACGGUCAGAUUGGUCAAGCCGCUUAUGCUGCCUCGAAGGCCGCCGUCGUUGGUAUGACGCUUCCGAUCGCACGUGAUUUAAGCACACAGGGCAUCCGAAUCUGCACGAUUGCUCCGGGACUGUUCAACACACCGAUGCUGCAGGCACUGCCGGAAAAGGUUCGUGCUUUUUUGGCAAAAACGGUUCCGUUUCCGCAGCGGCUCGGUGAACCUGCCGAGUACGCACAGUUGGUGGAAUCUAUUGUAGAAAAUCCGUUGCUAAACGGAGAGGUAAUUCGACUGGAUGGUGCACUGCGAAUGAUGCCUUAGUGACUCAAGGAGCGUGGUGUUGGGAGCAGACUAGUGCUGCCUUUGUUCGGUCGAACGCAAUUAGACAAACAGAUGAUGCAUUUAUUAGUAGUUACACGUGUGAUCGUAUGACGAUUACCGAUUGUUGGUAGUGCUACACAAAGUGUGAGAAUUCUUAUAUGAUGGCAGGGAAGUUUUUACUACCAAGUGUUUUUGUGGAACAAAGGGACGUUUUCAAUAAACAGGUUUAUUACAUUUA